UACAAAAGGAAAAAUGGGGCAGAUAGUGAUGCUUCCGUUCUUGGCUCAGGGCCACUUCAACUCCUUCGUGAACCUCGCGAAUCUCAUUCUCCACCACCACCCAUCCCACACCAUCACCAUCGCCACCACCCCUUCCAACCUUCCCAAACUCCGAUCAAUGCUCUCUCCCUCGAUGCCCAUCCAGCUAGCCGCUCUCCCUUUCGACCCCACCGUCCAUGGCCUCCCUCCCCACGGCGAGUGCACCGACGCUCUCCCCUCCCACCUCAAGAACCGUCUGCUCGGCGCCACCUUCACUCUCCGACCCGCUUUCGAGCAGCUCCUCUCCGGCAUCGCCGCAGCCAACAGCGGCCACCACCAACCUCUCUCCGUCAUCUCCGACACCUUCUGCGCAUGGUCGGUCGACGUCGCCGCGAAGCUCGGCAUCUUCCACGCCGUCCUCACCACUUGCGGGGCUCAGGCCACCGUCACCACUUUCUCCAUGUGGUUGCACCUCCCCAACCUGAACUCGGGCUCCGACGAGUUCGAGCUGCCGGGCUUCCCGGAAAUCAGACUCCACCGCUCACAACUGAAUGACAACAUCAAGGCCGCAGACGGCACAGACUACUGCUCCGUCCUUUACCGCUCUUACAUAAAGUCGAGUCUGAGAUCAUCCUGCAUGCUGGUGAACUCGGUGGAGGAGAUCGAGACGAAGGGGGUGGAGAGACUCCGAGUCAUGUGUGGGAAUAAACCGGUUUGGUGCAUCGGUCCUCUGGUUUCUAGCUUCCUCUUUGAUGGCACAGAGCUGUCGAAGGCCACGAUCGAUGAAAAACUUCGGAAAAAACCAGGCGUCUCGAAAGAGGAAUUGAUGGUCACCGACUGGCUCCAUCUCCACCCACCCGGUUCGGUUCUCUACGUCUCCUUUGGUUCGGAAUGCACCAUCUCUUCUUCUCAGAUGAAGGAGCUCGCCAUGGGAUUGGAGGAGAGCGAGGUGAACUUCAUAUGGGUGGUGAGGCCACCGGCCGAGUACCUUAAACCGGAAAAAGACCUUAGAUCACCGGCAUGGUUGCCAGAGGGAUUCGAGGAGAGGAUGAGGGUGGCAAAGCAAGGGUUGGUGGUGAAAAACUGGGCUCCCCAAUGCACCAUUCUGGCUCACGAGUCAACCGGUGGGUUCUUGAGCCACUGCGGUUGGAACUCGGUGAUGGAGAGUCUAAGCUAUGGGGUGGCCAUCAUAGGGUGGCCCAUGGCUGCUGAGCAGUUCUACAACUCGAAGAUGCUGGUGGAGGAGAUGGGCGUGUGCGUAGAGGUGGCGAGGGGAAACAGGGCGGAGAUCAGCAGGGAACAAGUGGCGAGAGCGGUGAAGUUGGUGAUGGGCGAGACUGAGGGGGGAAAGGAGUUGAGAAGGCAGGCCGGUCGAUUCAGGGAGAUGAUAUCGAGGGCCGUGAGAAGCAAAAGGAGCGGUGACCAUCGUCAUGGCUCGGUGCAGUCAUCUGCCUCGGCGCUGGAUCAGUUCAUAAACGCCGCCAUGGGAGCUUCAAAUGGGAUCGCUCCAGCAGGCUGAAAGAGCUUGGUCCACUUCCCCAUGUCAAACAAAAGCAAAAUCAACGAAUUAAUAGAAUUCAAAGACUCUGCAUUGUUUGACCUUUAUUUUUUCAAUUAAUUACAGGUUUAUUUUGUUAAUAUAAAAUCGCCAACGUACGUGCAUAAAAUCGGUUACGUCCAAGGUCAUAGCAUAGGGCCCGGUCGGGUUGUGCCGGGCCGGCCCGCCCCUGAUAAAAAUGUAAAAAUGAAAGUCCGCCAUUCUAAAUGGGUUAGGCCGGGCUUAUGUAACAUCGGGUCUCGGGCUUCAGUUUAUGCCCGAGGCUCGGCCCGGCCCGUGGGCUUUGAGGCGGGUUGGGCCGGGCCUUGGGGCGGGUAUACCUUCUUACUACCAUGAUACAUAUCAAUCAAUAUUCACAUUGUAAUUCUGCUGGGAUCAAUCAAUAAUUCUUAUGUUUGGAGAA